UCUUUUUUUUUUUUUUAAGCAAGUGGUCGUGGAUAUUAGGAAUUAAACACAGACACCUAAACCAUUUUUAAAUUUAAAGAAUCACUUUUUCCUCCUUCACAGUGCAAGUUCCAUGUGCAUAGGAGGUGGACAUAAACUAAUAAUCCUUUUACAGUGAAAAUAGGAUCGACUUGGCUAAACGACAAAAUUACAGAAGGUAAAAAGGUAUAGGCCAACUUACUGCAUUUGUCUUCUUUUUGGCAACUAUUCUCUGUGAUUAUGUAAAUCUUUAUAGACAGAUUUUCUACUGUUUGAAUGGUACUGCCAGUAACAGUAAGCUAAUAAAUAAAGGCAAUAUUAGCUAACUUAAAAACAACAAGCAAAGUAAAGAAUUAAUUCGGCAGCCAUAAGCAGAAAAAAGUUGGACAGCUGAAGGGCAAGGAGCUGGUGACACAGAAAUAGUGAAGAUCUACCAAGGAGAAGACUGGUAAUCUACACACAGCCUAUCCACAUGGCUCCGAAGGGGGGAGCCUGUUUGGUUCUGCUCAUCUUGGCCUCUGCAGUUUUCGCUCAACUUCCACAUAUGGGGCCUCAAGAAAAAGCUGAGUUAGAAAAAGUGACUGAAAAACUGAUGAAGAAGUGCUACUAUAGGGGAUACCCAGAACCUAAUUUGAUGCAGGUCAACAGUGUCUUCAACUCCAGCCUUAGUGGUUCUGUGCAGAACAGAGACGCUAACCAGUCGAACGCCCUCCUUUCCACUUUUCGUCAUCUCCUGACCUCAGUCACUACAGGAACAAACAUGAAGUCAUUUGGUCAACUCCCCGUGGAUAUUUCGCAAAAAAUGACUAACCAGAUGUGGAAUUGCAGCAAUCUUCCAGGCAUGAUUGAGGUGAUGAGAAACUAUUCUGGUGGUAUAUCAAAGGAGGAUUCUGGAUGUUAUAUGCAAGCGUUUGCAGCCCCUCUUUCCUGGGCAACAUUGACCACACAGGAUAAAAACAGCAUGGACUCAAAUGACUACAGAAAACUGAUGUGGGCUGUUACACCUAUGACGGGGCUUAUGCCCUUCUUAAAAACAAAACUUCUGAUGAACGUAGAUAUCCCAAAGCUAAAAAACAUGAUGGACAUGUUCAAGAGUAUGUAUGAUCGCAUAGCUCCUGGUCAAAGGACUCGUGUGGCUCAAUGGGCGAAAGAUCAGAUCACCCGAAACUACUUCAACUGUUCAAUAAAGCCAUGGGUUAACGCAACAUUAAAGCAUGUGGAUAUCUGCUCCCCUUCACUGCAAUGGCUGAAUUUGGAAGCACUGACUAUUUUGGGACCCUACCUGUCCUAUUUACCACCAAGUGAUGUUAAUUAUUCUUCUAAAGUAGAGCUAUGCAACUUUUUCUCUUCAGCUAAGUUCAAAUCCAUCAUGAAGGUAACCACGAUGAACCCCACUCUGAGUAAGAAGUUGCUCCAUAGAAUCCAAGAGUGCUUCAGUUCACAGGAGUUUCCAGAACAUGUGGAAACACUUGGCCCACUGGCUUGCUAUUAUGAUCCCCCAGAGUUGAAUGCUAACUUCAGUGGGAAACUCCUCUCUCAACUGGACCAGUGUGACAGCUCCCAAAUCAAAGGGCUGAAGACACGGCUUCUCAGUUCUCUGAGGUCACUGUCAAGCCCUGCUCAAAUAAUACGAGACUUAAGCAGUACUGUUACUGCAUUGUCUGCCAAAGAAAUUGCUGCAAUCCCUGCCACCAAUCUCACACAGGCUCUCAAAAAUCUGGGACCCAACAUCCGAUGGACAAGGAGCCAGCUGCAUGCUCUUAUCGAGAAACAUUUGGGUGAAAAGAAAUGUAAACAGAUAUCCGGGAUGGAGCUGAUGAAACUUCAGCCCAUUGCAGAAGGUUUGCCAAACUGUAUACUGAAACAGGUAAAAGCUGUAGAGGUCCUGAAUGAGCCAGAGGGCCUAAAGAACAUCUCCAAACGACUGAGCAGGGGACAGCUAAUGGCCAUGCUGGCAGGGAUGCUUAAGGAAAUGCAUCCUCCUGCGCUGGUGCCAAUGUUGUCUUCCCAGUUACUUAACGUCGUUUCUAUUAACAUUUUGGCCGAUGCAAAUGUCACCUCUUUGGACCAAGUAACAAACAAAACUUGGACUCGGUCACAGGCAGCAUACCUGGCAAAGAAGAUGGCUGACCUAAAACAGCUUCAAUUUAGGAAGAUGCGUUCGGUCCUUCAGGGCAUAACCUGUAAGAUGAUAAAUGAAGUUCCUGACAGCGGUGUAAUGGAAAUGGCUUCGGCCAUGGCAGAGUAUCCAGAGUGGCUCUCCAAAGUUCAGGCAGGAUGUGCUGCCAAAAAACUUUUCACAACUUUGGUGAAAAAGAGAGCAGACUGUUUCAAAACCAUCACUGAACAGGAACUGGAUAAGAUUCCUUCAGCUUUGCUUCUUCACCUGCUCCCUUCACAUGUGGACGAUUUGCCUAGUUCUGUCUGUCCUAUUUUCCUUGACAAGAUGGAAGAAGCCAACAUCAGCUCUUUGCCUCUUAAUUCCCCGUCUCGUCCUGCACUCACCAAGAAAGCCCUGUUCUGCCUAACCAAUGGGACAGAUUUAUCCAGCCUCACCCGUGGUGAUCUGCCCAAGCUAGGACCCCUCAUAUGUGAGCUGCAGCCUUCCCAGCUGCGUCUAAUGAACCCUGAUGUCCUCAAGUCCGCUUUCCAGGAGAUGGCUUCCUGCAAACAUAUUCCUCAACAAUACAGGGCAGAUAUCAUUAAGAUGGUUCACCAGACCUUUGGAAAUUCUUCUGAUUGGACCGAAGACACUGUGGAAUCAGUCGGUCCCCUUCUUCUUUGUGAUAAGGUUGCCACGUCUGCUCUACCCAACAAACCUUGGAUGAAGGAUGUUCUUCAUUACAUGAAGUCACUGUCCUCUGAUCCUUCAGAUGCCCUGAAAAAGAAAAUCUUUGCUCUUACCACCACUAGAUCAAAUGCAACACGUAAAAAGAGGGAGAUCCUGAGAGAACCCACUGAGAAUUUGAUUCAAGAACUGGGAAUGGAUAAUGUGUACUGGUCAGCAGGAGAGCUGGAUAAGAUGUCAAACAGCACUUUCCUGGCCACUGUAGAAAUACUUGGAGAAAUCCCAAACUACAGUGCAGAUCAACUGGCUGUGCUCAGCAAAAAAGCUACUGAGGCUUUUGGCCCAGUGUCACAGAUGAACGAGGGCGUGGUCCUACAGCUUGAAUGUAUAAAUCAGGGUUUUUCUAAUUCUGACCUGGAGAAUCUCCCCUUGCCAAUGGAUAUUGUAGAGGGAAUUUCCCGCUGUGGGUGGACUCAAUCACAGAUGGAGUCGUUGUGGAGGGGAAUUGCCAAAUAUAACAAUCUGAAAGCGCAGCAGCUGGGAGCUGCAGAGAUGGUAUCACUGAACCGGCUCAUCUGUGGCCUGAGCUCCGGCGAGAUCAGACAGCUCAACAUCAGCGCUUUCAAGAGGGCUGUGGGCUCAAUGGAUGGUAUUAAGUGCUCCUUUCAGGUUUUACAGCAAUUAAAAACUCUAGCUGUGGCUGCAUUUGGGAAACCCAGCACCUGGACAGAACCACAGGUUGCAGACUUGGGCAACAUACUUGCUGGGCUGGAUGCAUCGGAGCUGGCUUCUUUGGACCCAUCUGUCUUUCCAUUUGUCAGCAGGACGUGUAUCCCACUCAUCCCUCCAAACAAUUUUGCUGCACUCUCUGCUGCUCAGCUGGAGGCCCUUGGGCCUGACAUUGCAGCAAUGGUGACCACUGAACAGCGAAAUCUGUUGAAUAAUGAUCAACUUGACACACUUGAAACGGCUCUAACUGGUUUUCGUAACCAGGCACAAGGAGCUGUUCAAUCAGGAGCUCCAUCGCUGGGUGCAGAGGGGCUCUCAGCCUUCAUGAAGCCCCUUCUCUUGCUUCUCAUUGGGUUUCUCCUGCUGUGAGUCAUCACAUCCAUCUGCUUAAGCUAAUUACAGACCUAGAAUAAUAAUAAUAAUAAUAAAUAACAGUUCAGCAAUUCUUCAGGUUUAUUUAGUGUUGAAAACGUUUGCACAGAUUGAUGUUUUAUGAUAAUCUAUACAUGUUUGUGACUGUAGCUCACACGAUUAGAUGACCUUCUGAGAUGUGUUAGAGUUCCUUUACUCUGUUAUGUGUUAAUAAGAAAAUAUAUUUUAUUAAUUGCAGAGAAAUAUUUCAUGUUUAAUUUUCAGAUGUUCUCAGUAUGAGUCUGUUUUUUGAAAAGUUGAUAUUUACUGACAAAAACUGAAGAAUGAUUCAACUUAAUAAACCUUAUUGUUACGCCAGCA